GGAAGGCAGGCAGUGGAGAGAGGUGGAAAAUGCAUCAGAUUUACAGCUGCAGCGAUGAAAAUUUAGAAGUUUUCACCACCGUGAUUUCAUCCAAAUCGUGUAGUCCUGCCCGAAGACGAGCCAAAACUCCACAGCACAUCCUAACGAAGAGUGUGAUCGCAGUAGCUGACUGCCGGCCCCACCGGACAGACCAGUCACAUCCACACCAUGGUGACCUCCUCCAUGUGCUCUACGGAGAGGACGAGGCGCGGGGCCUGGGCCACCUGCAGCAGGCCCCCUGCCCGCCCAAGGUGGGAAUUUGUGAACAAGAGUCGACCAAGUCCUGCAAUCACCAGUCAGAAAGAAAAUCUUCACAGUUUCCAGUGUCGUCGGCCGCCCCGACCGCAGUGAAGCAGGCGGCUCUCACAGAAGCACCCGCAGACGCCGGCGCCUUUACGGAAGACCACAGACAGCGCUCGAGGAAGGCCACGGACUAUGACCUCAGCCUGCCCCCGGGAGCAGAGGCUUCUCUACCUCUGACGGGGGGCACCCUGUGCGGGACACCCAGCCUCCUGAGGAAGAUGCUGAUGAAGCACAAGAAAAAGCCAGAGUACCUGGGGGCAACGAACAGUGCCUUCGAGGCAGACUGACGAGUCUCGGCAUCACCUGCAAAGGCAGAAAUUGCUUUAGCCAGAACAAGAUGCUUUAGGAUCCAUGUGGAGCCAACACGGCACCG